UGAAGUCAAUAUAGAGUUUAGAGAGAAUAAGAACAGCACCAAGUAAUGCAAACCUGCUCACACUGUGGAGAUAGCUCAUCAAAGAAGCAGAGGAUCAUUUCCAAAAGUCAUAGUAACAAUGAGAUAUCUGUUGGUAUUAACUGUGUUUUCUUUUUUCUUCUAUCAAGUAAGAGCACUUGGGCUGAAGUUAAAUUGCUUCAAUUCUGAAAAAUGUUUUGACCUCAAAGUCAAUCAGUCACAAACAAUCAAAUGCGAUGUCGUCAACAAUUCUAAUACCGAAACCUUGAUUUGGUACCGUGGAACCCAGCAAGUAGAUAUAAAACCUGAAAACAGCCUGAACUCCAGCACAGUAUGUCUGCCAGCAGUAGCACCUGAUGAUAAUGGAGUAAGCUUUACCUGUCUAUUGAAGAGUGACACGACAAUUAAACAGACUGUACAGCUAAAUGUCUUGUUUGAGCCCAUCUUGUCUGGAGAUACAAAGACUAUUACACAAGCAGGUCAAAAUAUCCAACUCACUUGUGGAUUCAAGGCAAACCCAGCAGUUGCAAUGUCAUGGAGAAGAAAUGGCAGCAUUGUGGCAUUUCCAUCCCGCUUUGAGCAACGUAUGAGCAGCAACACUUGGACACUCUCUAUCACAAAGGUGGCUAUGUCAGACACUGAUAAUUACACUUGUGUAGCCGUUACUCCCAGUGGAAAUGUGACUACAUUAACAUUUGAACUGAUAGUUGGAGAGAGACAGCCUGGACUUCCAGUGGAAGCAAUCGGUGGUGCAGUGGUGGUAGGAUGCCUCAUCAUUUGCUUUGGAUUGUUUGCACGGCGACAGAAAAUAUUUAAACAGUGUAUGAAGAGCAGACAUAACACUGCAAUGUAGGUGAUGUUACAUUGACCUAAACAGAUAGUCUUACAACAUACUACCUGGUGAUGGAAACUCCUCCAAAGAGCACAGCCAAAUAUUUCCACAUGGACUCUUUGUCUUUCUUUACUUAUAGUCAUUCCUGUUAGACUUUUUAAAUGUCUUCUAAUGUUUAUUAAACCUUCCAACAUAGACUGGAUAAACCAUGGAGUGACUUCCUGUCUCAUCUGUGGAAAUUACUUUACAACAUAAUCUUGAAUGCAGAGCACCCUGGGUAUGGAACUUGUACCUGGUAUAUGGCCACCAAACCAGAUGACUCAUCGAAACCAUUCCAAAACCUUCCGUAUGGCCUUAAUUAUGACUGCUAUUACCAUGUGAGCUGCAAAUAAACAAUAUAUUGGAUAAGA